AUGUCCAAAAGUGAGGUCUUGCAACAUACUAAGGCUUCUUUUGCUAUUGUGGGAGGCAGGAAGUGCAUGAAAUGCCAUCACUUAUUUUGUAUCAAUUGCAAGGUUCCUUGGCACUAUGAUAUGAGUUGCUAUGAUUACCGAAGAUCAGAAACCUAUUCCCUCGCAGAAGGGCAAUUGCUAAAGUCGCUCGCGAUGAAGAAACUAUGGCGCCAGUGUUCCAAGUGCAAACAUUUGGUUGAACUUGAUAGUGGCUGGUACCACAUCACUUGCAGAUGUGGACAUCAGUUUUGCUAUACUUGCGGAGCUGAAUGGAAGAACAAGAAAGCAACAUGUGACUGCCCACUUUGGGAUGAGCAUUACAUAAUAAGCUUAGACAGCAACAUGCUCCUGCCAAUUGCAACCUACUGA